ACCCUCUUCGGUGUCUUCAUUUGCCGCCAAAUCCUGAAGCCCUCUUCUUCAUUCUCCUCGUUUGCCGCCAGAUCUCAAAGCCUUCUUUCACCCUCCAACUCCCUCUCUCUCCCCUCCCUCCGUGAAGACGAAACCAUGAAGGACCUCGAUUUCAAUCGAGACAAAGUUAUCGCGAAAGAAUUUCUUUUGAACUUUGCGGACGUAAAUGGCGAGGCCAAGUACAUCAACAUCCUUCAAGAUGUUGCGAAUCAUAAAUCUAAGGCAAUACAGAUCGAUCUUGAAGACCUAGUUAAUUAUAAGGAUUUGGAUGAAGAUUUUAUCGGACGAGUCAGUGAUAAUACACGGCGAUACAUCAGCAUUUUCGCUGAUGCGAUUGAUGAGCUCAUGCCGGAGUCAACAGAGGCAUUUCCUGAUGAUGAUCAUGAUAUCUUGAUGACACAGAGGUCUGAGGAAGGAACAGAGAAUGCGGAUGGUUCAGAUCCACGGCAGAGAAUGCCUCCGGAAAUUAAGCGCUUCUAUGAAGUAUAUAUUCGAGCAUCUUCAAAGGGGCGUCCAUUCACUAUUCGAGAGGUUAAGGCUUCCUAUAUUGGCCAGCUUGUAAGGAUCUCUGGUAUUGUGACUAGGUGUUCGGAUGUAAAGCCAUUAAUGCAGGUAGCUGUGUAUACAUGUGAAGAAUGUGGUUUUGAAAUUUACCAGGAGGUAACUGCUCGAGUUUUCAUGCCUCUCUUUGAGUGCCCAUCCAAGCGCUGUAAAAUCAAUGCUACAAAAGGGAACCUCAUCCUUCAACUCAGAGCAUCAAAGUUUUUGAAGUUUCAGGAGGCCAAGAUUCAGGAAUUAGCUGAGCAUGUUCCUAAAGGCCAUAUUCCGCGGACAAUGACUGUUCAUUUCAGGGGAGAACUUACAAGAAAGGUAGCUCCAGGUGACAUUGUUGAGCUAUCAGGGAUUUUUCUCCCAAUGCCCUACGCUGGAUUUAGAGCAAUGCGAGCUGGCUUGGUUGCAGAUACAUACCUGGAGGCCAUGUCUGUCUCCCAUUUUAAGAAAAGAUAUGAGGAUUAUGAACUUAGAGAAGACGAGGAAGAACAAAUUGCACGCUUAGCUGAGGAUGGCGAUAUUUAUAAUAAGCUUUCCAGAUCAUUAGCACCUGAAAUUUUUGGGCAUGAAGAUAUUAAAAAAGCUCUUCUUCUUCUCCUUGUGGGUGCUCCUCAUCGGAAGUUGAAAGACGGGAUGAAGAUUAGAGGAGACUUGCACAUUUGUUUGAUGGGUGAUCCUGGGGUUGCAAAAAGCCAACUUCUUAAGCACAUAAUCAAUGUUGCACCAAGGGGAGUGUACACAACGGGCAAAGGAAGCAGUGGAGUUGGUCUAACUGCUGCUGUUCAGAAAGAUCCUGUGACAAAUGAGAUGGUCCUGGAAGGUGGAGCAUUGGUGCUAGCAGAUAUGGGUAUAUGUGCCAUUGACGAGUUUGACAAGAUGGAUGAAUCAGAUCGUACAGCUAUACACGAAGUAAUGGAGCAGCAGACAGUUAGCAUUGCCAAGGCUGGGAUCACCACAUCUCUAAAUGCAAGAACUGCCGUUCUUGCUGCUGCCAAUCCAGCCUGGGGAAGAUAUGACCUUCGAAGAACUCCUGCUGAAAAUAUUAAUCUCCCUCCUGCUCUUUUAUCAAGAUUUGAUCUUCUGUGGCUGAUAUUAGAUCGGGCAGAUAUGGAUAGUGAUCUUGAAAUGGCUAGGCAUGUUGUAUAUGUCCAUCAGAAAAAAGAAUCUCCUGCUCUUGGGUUCGCUCCUCUCGACCCAUCUGUUCUUCGGGCAUAUAUUUCAGCCGCCAGAAAAUUGUCUCCUUGUGUUCCAAGAGAGCUGGAGGAAUAUAUUGCUACUGCAUACUCCAGCAUUCGGCAAGAUGAAGCUAAAUCAAAUAGCCCACAUUCCUAUACAACAGUGAGAACUCUGCUCAGCAUUCUCCGGAUAUCAGCUGCAUUGGCAAGACUCCGGUUCUCGGAUAGCGUUGCACAGAGUGAUGUGGACGAGGCUCUCAGGUUAAUGCAGAUGUCGAAGUUCUCUUUGUAUUCAGAUGAUCGUCAGAAAUCUGGCCUGGAUGCUAUCUCCGAUAUCUACUCAAUCUUACGAGAUGAAGCUGCAAGGACUGACAAGAUGGACGUGAGCUAUGCUCAUGCACUUAACUGGAUUUCAAGAAAGGGAUACAGUGAAGCCCAGUUGAAAGAAUGCUUAGAGGAAUAUGCAGCCUUGAACGUGUGGCAGAUCCAUCCAAACACCUUUGAUAUCCGGUUUAUUGAUGCUUGAUUCAUCUUUUCCCGUUGUAGAUUGUCAGUCAGCAUCGUAUGUUAGCAGGUUGCCAGAGUGAUCCUGCCCAAUCAGUUUUUGGAGCUCAUGUGUGGGAAGUUCAUAUCAUUGCAUUGCUAAUGUUGUAAUUCGAUUUAACAUAAGCUUCCUGAUGUAUGGGAAGUUUAUUUAUAUACUUGUUUAAUUAAACCUAUUAAAGGUUUGAUAAAAAAAAAUUUGGUGCAAAAAUGGUGUCAUGAAGUGGUUGUAGUUGAGUUGAGUGAUUAUUGGUUUUGUUAUCACCGAAAUCAUGAUUUUUGGCUUAAUUAUACUGGCCUCCCUUGAGCAAGUUACACAAUUUAUUAUUUUAUAAGAUUUGGUCAAUAGAUCCGUGGGAAAGAAAAUGUCAAGGGUGUAAGGGUGUCUGCUACUUGUUAAACGUGUGUAAUUUAUAUUUAUUCAAA